UUUUUCUAAAAUGUCUAAAUAAGUAUACACAUUUAAAAAGGAAAAGUGCUACCUGUGACUGCGAGAGUCAUUGUCUUUGGAAGGACUCAAUAAUGAAAUACAGGUGGUGUCGUAAAGAUGAUGACUAGCUGAGAUGGUAGUUGGGUGUUCAUUGAAUGUUGCUUUUACUUUCCCCAGCCCAUGCACUAACUACAUGGAAGUAGAAAACCAAACAAAAGUUUUUGAAUUCUUCCUGCUGGGCCUCUCAGAGGAUUCUGAACAUCAGCCCCUCUUCUUUGGACUCUUCCUGUCCAUGUACCUGGUCACUGUGCUUGGGAACCUACUCAUCAUACUGGCCGUCAGCUUUGACCCCCACCUCCACACCCCCAUGUACUUCUUCCUCUCCAACCUGUCCUUUGUUGACAUCUGUUUCAUCACCACCACAGUCCCAAAGAUGCUGGUGAACAUCCAGACACAGAGCAAAGUCAUCUCCUACAUAGGAUGCCUCACUCAGGUGUAUUUCUUCAUGAUUUUUGCUGGACUGGACAAUUUUAUCCUGUCCUUGAUGGCUUAUGACCGGUUUGUGGCCAUCUGUCACCCCCUGCACUAUACAGUCAUCAUGAACCCCCAGCUCUGUGGAUUCUUGGUUCUGAUGUCUUGGGUCAUCAUUUUCUGGGCCUCUCUGCUUCAUAUUCUAUUGAUCAGACAGCUGAAAUUCUGCAUAGGCACUGAAAUUCCACACUUCUUCUGUGAACUGGCUCAGAUUAUCAAAUCAGCCUGUUCUGAUACCCUCAUCAUUAACAUCUUCUUGUAUGUGUUGACUGUCCUGCUAGCUGUGUUUCCGCUAUUAGGGAUCCUCUUCUCUUACUCUCAGAUUGUCUCGUCUUUAAUGAGCAUGUCCUCUGCUGGGGGAAAGUAUAAGGCAUUUUCCACCUGUGGGUCUCACCUGUCCGUGGUCUCCUUGUUCUAUGGAACAAGCCUUGGGGUUGGCCUCAGUUCUACUGUGAUCCAUUCUUCCCAGAGAGUCUCUAUUGCCUCAGUGAUGUACACUGUGGUCACACCCAUGCUGAACCCCUUCAUAUACAGCCUAAGGAAUAAAGACAUGAAGGGAGCCCUGGGAAGGAUGCUUCGUAGAGCAGCCUCUUAA